GGGGGAGAAAAAAAUAAGAGAGUUUGGAACGAGAAAGAGAUGAAAUUCGAGACGGGGGACAAGAAAGCAUACCUUGAGUAUGAGUUGAGGGGUGAUGAUGGCGGCAAACUAGUGAUGGAUAUAACUCAUACCUACGUGCCGCCCAGCAAGAGGGGACAAGGCCUCGCCGCUCAUCUCUGUGUCGCCGCCUUUUUUCAUGCUCAAAAUCAUUCCUUUUCCGUCAUCCCCACUUGCUCUUACGUCUCUGACACAUUUCUUCCUCGAAACCCAACUUGGAAUUCCAUUUUGUACAAGGAAGAUGUCGUCAAGUCUAGCAUGUGAAGUUGUGAUUGCCAGUCCUGCUGAUGAAAUUGAACCACAUCAAGAUGUAAUGCUGUUUGUGUUUCUCUUCAAUGAACAUUACAGUAAUAAAUCCAAGCAGACCAUGUAAUAUUUAGGCUGCUAUAACAUGAAGAAUCAAUAGUCUGUGUUUCAGUUUGGUUG